AUGCUCGCUGCACACUGCCCCAGCGCCGUGCUGUGCCUGCUGCUGGCCUGCACGGCCCUGACCACAGCUGCCGCCGCAGGCAGCAGCGAUGCCGGCAGCGGCCGCGGCAGCUGGCGCAAGCCGGGCUUCUGCGGCAACAUGGACUGCCCAGAGUACACUGUGUGGCAGAAGAACUUCGACUUCCAAGUGCGGGAGUACAGGGAAGCCGCCUGGGUGGCGGUCAACGUGUCGGGUGUGCGCUACGAGCUUGCCGUCAAGGCCGCCCUGCCCCUGCUGUCCCAAUACUUCUGGGGAGCCAACAAGGAGGGGCUGCGCCUACAGGAGACCGUGCCCCUGGUCACCCACUACCGGCUGGAUGUGCACCCGCACACCGGCGAGCGCCGCACCUACAGCGUCUUCUGGUUCAUCCCCUACGAGUAUCAGGCGGAGCCGCCCGAGCCCAGCCACCCGGCGCUGUGGCUGUACCGCAGCCCCGCCAACGCCACCAUGUUUGUGCGCAUGUUCGGCCACCACGCGCGGGAGUGGCGGGUGCCCAGCGGGGUGCUGGUGGCAUCCUACAACCACCCCAGCAAGCACCACCCGCACCUCCCCCGCCGCUACCACCACAGCGAGGUGUGGAUGCGCGGCACCUUCAACAAGAGCGCCCCGCCGCCGCCAGCGCGCUAG